CUACAAAUUAUGGUCAAGCUGGGAGCGGUAUUGGAGCUUCCCACAUCUUUUCUGUGUUCACCUGCUGCUUUUGCCACGUAUCCAAACCGCAUUGAAACGCGUAACUUUGCACAGAUAUAUUUAUUCAUCGAACAUCAACUUGCUUCGAAACCUGACCAAUCGUUUUCACAACAGCCCGCACACAACCGCGCUGUUUGGUGGGCUGCUUAUGCCACUGUAGCUUCUAAGCAUAUUUCUUGUUUGUGAGGAAAGCUGCCGGGCCUGGACCGCAGCUGGCGCGGCAGCAGCAGCAUGCUGCAGCAGCGGGGUGUCACCUCGCAGCUCGCGGCCAGCUUGGAGGAAGGGGGACGGCGCGAUCUUACAGAGCCGCUGCUUGCAUCACCUCGCGACUCGAAGUCUGGCGGCCAUGGUUUGGUCGGCCUGCAGCGUGGCCUCCAUCCCCGCUCCAUCGGCCAGCUGGCGUUUCGCCUGGCCCGCAGCCGGCUGGGGCUGCAGCUGCUCACAAUUGCCGCAUGCAUAUCGUGGAUGAGCGCUUCCAGUUGGGCCAUUCUUGUCAACAAGCACAUCAUGGUGAACCUCAAGUUCGCCUACCCCUGCACCAUCGCCUGGAUGGGACUGGCCACUACCACCCUCGCCUCCCUCACCGCCCUGCACGCCGCCCGGCUACUGCCACGCCACCUCCGGAUGGAGCUGGGCUUCGCGCCGCAGCCCGGCAGUAGCAGUAGCAGCAGCAGUAGCAGCAGUGGCAGUAGCAGUAGCAGCAGCGGGGCGCUAGCGGGGCUCAGCGCGCUCAGCGCGGGGGUGGGGGUGGGGUCUGGGGCAGGCGGCGGGGGCUGGGGGCUGCUGGGCGUGGGGCGGGGCGUGAGCGGGCGCUACUACCUGACACGCGUGCUGCCCACUGGCUUCUUCAUGGCGCUCACCUUCACCACCGGCAACAUGGGCUACCUGUACCUCACUGUGGCGUUCGUGCAGAUGCUCAAGGCCUUCUGCCCGGUGGUGACGAUGCUGCUGCUGUUCGCCGCGCGGCUGGAGGCGCCCAGCGGCCGCCUGUGCGGCGCCGUGGGGCUCAUCGCGGCGGGCGUGGCGCUGGCCAGCUACGGCGAGCUGAACCUCAGCCUGUUCGGGCUGUGCGCCAUGCUUGUGUCGGUGGUGGCGGAGAGCGUGCGGCUGGUGCUGACGCAGUACCUGAUGGCGGCGGGCGCGGCGCCGCUGCACCCGCUGGAGGGGCUGUUCUUCAUCAGCAGCGCCUGCACGGCGGUGCUGGCGGGGCAGGCCGCGCUGACGGAGUGGCCCCGCCUGGCCGCCGGCGGGCACUGGGCGCUGCUGCGGCUGCACCCCGGCUCCUUCGCCGCCGCCGCCUGCUGCGGCUUCCUGGUCAACAUGCUGGCCAUCACCGUCAUAAAGCUGGCCAGCUCGUUGACGCUCAAGGUCCUGGGCACGGUCAAGGACGCGGCGCUGGUCACCAUUGGCAUUGUGUUCCUCAAGGAGCACGUCAGCAGCCUGCAGCUGGUGGGCUACAGCAUUAGUAUGGUGGGCUUUGCAGCCUACAACGCCAUAAAGGCUCAGCAGCAGCAGCAGCAGCAGAUGACAGGGACAGGAGGAGGGGCAGGCGGAGGAGGAGGUGGUGUAGGGGGAGGCGGGGCAGGAGCAGGCGGUGGUGGGAAAGGGUUAGGCGGGAUGGGGGGAGGCGGGAUAGGGGGAGGCGGGAGGAGCGGGGGGCUGGGGUUAGGCGGUCCGGGUGGGGGCGGUGAGGUGAUGGUGGCGGGGCUGGUGGGAGGCGGCGGCAAGGGCAGCGGGCUGCUGCUGCCCUUAUACCACGGCGACGUCAAGGGGAGAUGAAAGUCCUGUAACAGUGAAAAUGAAGUCCUAAAGUCACAGGUGGUUGCUACUCUUGGUAGUCAGGUGUGUGAUGGGACAGUGUUAAGGCAGGUUGGUCUUGGUAGUCAGGUAGUGUGAGCCUGUGAGAUAGUGCAGUUGCUGAGGGCCGGCAGCUGGGGCCAGGCAGGUUGGAGGGCAGGGCGGUGGAGGAGCGGUACGCAGGAACGAACGUGUACGGCGUCAACUGACUGCAGCUGACUGAUUGCUACUACUGGCAGGGGCGUGACGCGUCACUCGUGGCGGCCUGGCGGGUGCCGCCUGAGGCUUGCCGUAGAUAUUGCCGCC